UGUUUCUGAAGCAUUCCCUUUUGAAGAAGCUUCAAAGCAAAAUAAGCAGACCACUCUCACUGGACCAGUGAUCGCAAACCCAGUCAAAGCAACGGACAACCCACCAAAUUUUAGCUUUCUAGCAGAAAAAAUCACAGGGAUGACGAAUUUCCGGCAGAUUGGAGGUACGGACAAGCGCAAAAACAGCGUUGAUGAUCAACACAGCCACCUAUCCCAUCUUCUUCUGGCUGACCGUCUCCUACGUCGUCCAGCAGCCUAUGACAGGCAUUUGCCCCUUCGCUACCGUCCACCAACUGAUUUCCGACGGGCGCCUUUUCCCAGUCUUUGGGCUGAAGAGCAAGCUUUUCUGGCGCGGCGGACUAGGCAUUCUCUGAACGACAGAUACGGUGCAAAUGGCGAGUUGAUCGACGCGGAUAGAGCGGAC